UUCAAAACACGUUCUCAUCCCUGGUCGUUUCAGUUUUGGUCCGCCAUAGUCUUUUACGUUUCUUUCUUCCAUGAAUGUUGCGUUGCGUUUCCUAGUCCGCACUCGACCGCAGGUUUAGUUUGUUUAUUAGUUAUCCUUCUCAAUGGCGUAGCUAAGGGGUACACAGCGCAUGCUAAUCCCGCGCGCCCCUAUGUUCAAAAGGGUUAUGAUUGGGUCGUAAUCACAACUCGAAAACAUUCGAUUACAAUCGUAUUCGUAUUUGCGAUUACGAUUUUGCUCAUCGCUGCUUGUAAGAAACUGCAAAUCUCGGCAGGGACGUAGUGGCAGCAAAAUGGAUCAUCGGGAAUCAUUUUUUUCUAAAUGAUUUAUACCACGAAAAAGACGAUUUUUAAAAAUUGUUUAUAAAAAAAUGAAAUAUACAUGUCGAAUCGAGUAACCUCCUCCUUUUCGAAGUCGGUUAAAAAGCUUCGCCAUUUUGUUAGUUUAUUAUGAAAAUGAUUAAUAUCACUUUCGACUAUAGCGAUAAACCUAUAGAAUAAUAAUCAUUUCGAUUUUUUUGCUUUAUGACACUACAAGAACUGGAAUCAUCUUCAUUCCCCACCUACGUUUUUUUUUUUUUAGGAGAUAACUUUGAUCGUGAAAAGGAUCAACAAAAUAUUGUACGGUUAUAAUUUCAGCCAUCACAGUAGAGUGACCCCUUAAAUUCGACGUGGUAACAUAGUAUGUAAGACUGUACACAAAAGUUUGGAAAAGUGUACAGAAAAACAGAUUUUUCCUCAGCCAUGACCACCGAAAUCGAAAGUUUAUAUCUCUGGAGGACAAGAUCCGAAUUUUAUAUCGGCUGAAGAGCGGGGAAAAAUUGCAAUCCGUCGCCAGGAAGUUGGAGUCGAACGAAUCGACGGUUCGAACGAUCCGACGAAACGAGAAUAAGAUAAGAGCCGUAGCGAAACUCGGGUCGUCGGUGAGCUUGAACAGAGUCGUUCGCAUAAAAGACAAGCUGAUGCCAAAAAUGGAGAACUGUUUAAUGAUGCGGAUAUAGGAUUGCAUCCAGAAGAACAAGAAGACAGAAGAAGAGCGACGAACGGUCCAGAUCCGAAUUCGGCGCUAGCAAAGGCUGGUACGAGAGGUUCAAAGAUCGAUUCCCUCUGCAGAAUCUGAUAACUCGCAGGGAACAAGCGGCAGGUGGCACGGAGGCAGCUAAGAAAUUUUCGGAGAAGCUGGUGAAAACGAUCGAGGGUGUUGGUUAUACGGCCGAUCGGGCGUUCAACGUCGCUGAAACCGGUUUCUAUUGGAAGAGAUUGCCCCAUCGUUCUUGUAUCUCGAAAAACGAGCGCACCGCUUCCGAGUUCGAGGCUGCCAAGGACAGAAUAACGCUGCUUUUGUGCAGCAACGCGUCGGAGGAUUACGUAACUAAGCCCAUGUUAAUUAAUCGCUCUUCAAACUCGGCCGAGAUGGAAAGACUCGGCGAGUUUCGGUUGCCUGUUCACUGGCGAGAUAAUGAAAAGGAGUGGACGACGGGUGGCGUAUUCCACGAUUGGUUUUUCAACUGUUUUGUCCCUGAGGUAGAAAAUUACACCGAUAGGAGAAACAUCGACUUGAAGAUUUUGUUGAUAAUCGACGACGUGCCGUGUUAUCCGAGAAAUUUGAACCAUCCGAUUAUUCAACCGCUAAACCAGGGUGUAAUAAAGACAUUGAAACUGUAUUACAUACGUCGAACGCUUGAAUUCAUUAUGGAUAGAAUGCAUCGCAGCGAAACGUCGAUACAAUUGUUGGAAGAGUUUUCUAUUUUGGAUUCGGUGGAAAUUCUCGGUUCGUGCGUGAAGGACCUGCAACCUUCGACGUUGAAUGUUUCCUGGAAACGCAUCUGGCCAGGAGUAGUUACGAUGGAGGGCCAUUUAACACUGGUGGCCACGGAAAUUGUUCGUGUACUAGACGUUGCUCGAGCUUUGGGCGGAAAGGGAUUCGUUGACACGAACGAGAAGGACAUUUACGAAUUAAUCGACGACGAUAAAGAGUUAGACGAAGAGAAAUUGGUGCAAUUGGCUGACGAAUCUGCCUCGAAUGUUACGAGUAACGAUGGCGAUGAAAGUUCGGAGGAAACGUUCGACGAAUCAGAGAAGAACAUUACCUUGAAGAGUCUCAACGUCGGAUUCGAAUUGCUGGCUAGAAUGCUGGAAACUCAUUUCGCGGAAAAUGAUCCAUCGACCGAACGGUCCGCUGAAUUUGAGAGACGAUUGCACGAAUGUCUGGCUCCAUAUCUUGAAAUCCAGAAAGAAUUGGAACCUAAGGAGCAAUUUCUGAUACUUGAAAUCAUGAUAGACACGACGACGUGGGAAGAUGCUUGUUCGGGUGAUAAGAAUAUUGUGUUUAAAGAUGAAAUAAUUUCGCAACACGAGAAUGCGCAACCAGAAGUGAAAAAAGAAAGCAACUUAAGGGAAAUUCAUUAAAAGCGGUGAAAAAUUCAAUUCAUGCUUUUUUGAGGAUCAAGUCUUCAGUACAAAUCGAAAAGUCCUUCACCUUUUUGCGAUCUGAGGCUUCGUUAUAGAGAUAUAAACAGUUGAAAUUUACAGGUGUGACUUCCUAUUUAUGUUCCGAUCAGCUGUUUGUCCUAUAUACCAUAUAAAUAUUGAGUGGUUUUUUUUUAACAGCCUGUAUAUACAUAAUAAGUGGACUCCUGAAUAACGGACUUGGUGCGUUCCACGUUGUACAAAAUUAGACCAUAGGAAGUCGCGAUACGCGAGAAUUUUCCUCGUAUGACACGACGAAGACAUGAAAUGCGGUGUAGAUGAUAAACGAGGAAAACAGAAAAAUUUCCUCGUAUUAUAUGACGCAUUAUUCUAGAAUUACGUUAUAUAAAUAAGUCGUCGCGUAUUGUAGGAACUCGCGUUACACAGCAAUUUAGUUUAUAUAAAAGGU